CCAAGUCUCGCUUCCUACCGUUCACGGGUCGUUGUUGACUAUUGACAACAUGGCAGUUCAACCAAGUUAAGAAGCUUGAAGAAGCUGCCGAGAAAACAACCAUUGAGAGUUGUUGCUGUUUUUCUAGUAACCGAAGGAUUGGUUCUGUUUGGAGCGUCAUAAAUGUCAAGGCCCGUGUGUAGUUAUCUCAGAGCUAAAAGGUGGCACAAUGGGAGCAUCGCGUGUGGAAUUGAGUGGACUUGUGGUGAUUUUGACAUGUAUUUUGGUUGCGAAAAGCUCCCAACAAGCCCAACCCACUUCGAAGAUGGACCCAACGGAAAUAAAAGCUCUGAGCUUCACCCUGACCUUGAUAGACACCCUGGAUACUCUAGCGGUGCUGGGAGAUGUGGAAGGCUUUGAGAAGGCGGUGAGGAACGUUCUACGCGACGCUCGCUUCGACGCAGACACAGUGGUCUCCGUGUUCGAAACCAACAUCAGAAUAUUGGGAGGGUUGCUGGGCGGCCACGUGGCGGCCACUUACUUGAAGCGGAGGAAACUGUCGGUGCUGUGGUACCAGGGAGAGUUGCUCACCAUGGCCAAGCAGGUCGGGGACCGCCUUCUGCCCGCCUUCAACACCACCACGGGGAUCCCUUAUCCCAGG